GCGCCUUGCGUCUCGCUUUUCCACGCUAUAUUCCCACCUUAUCUGAGCGAGAUGUGCAAGCAGUUGAGCCCCCGGGCCAUGGCGCCCACUGUGCAGGCGCCCAGCGCAUCCAAGGGCUCCCAGAACAGCACAGCAGCGACGCCCAAGCGUGGAGUGAGCAAACUCUUUUGGCCGCUCUCAAGCACUGGGAUGAUGGUGCUUGGGAUAGCCUUGCUGCCGGUAGUGCCUGUUGUGGCGUUCGGGGUGAUCUAUCUCAUCGCAUUCCCUGCCAUCAUGUUUUCGUUCGAUGGUCAGCCAGCUGAGAAUCAGCGCACAACGCACAGCACACACAUGCAUUGUCGUGUGCGGCAUGGUGGUCUUGUCUUUCUCAGUGGGGACGCGCAACAACGUGUUGACGCGCUUCGUGAUGCGUGUCAAGACGCUCCUUAUGGUUGGCUGGAUUGCGUCGACAUUUCCCAUCAUCGCGCCCUGUGUGGUGGCGUACACGCUCGUCAAGGGAGGGUCGCUGGGUUCCUUCACCGGGCCCAUCACUGAGGCGCUGUGGAUGUGGGCGUUCGGCACACAGAGAAAGCGCAAGCACAAGAGGCUGGCCCUGCUCACCGGUGGGUGGGCGGGCGGUGGGCGGACAGCCACAUGCGUGUAAGCAAUCGUGUGUGUCACGUGUGUGUGGGUGCAGGUGGCAAGAUGACCAAGACGUUGCAGGUAGCACGGUGUCUGCAUCGGCAGGGCUGCGAUGUCAUCGUCAUCGCUAACCACAACUACUGGGCGGUCAGUCAGCCACAUAAGACUCGGACAGACGGACGGACGAGCGGACUCUUUGGCGUGCGCUGAUCGAUGUGGUGCAGGCGGCGAUUCAGUUCAGUGGGUGUGUGUACGGCUAUUACACCACACCGAUGGCCGAGACGGAUCCUCACGGUAUGGACUGCCACGGACGGAUGGAUGGGUAAAUGCACUCACUCGUGUCACUUGUGACCUGAACCCACAUAUCCAGGUUAUGUGGACAAGAUCAUCUCCAUCAUUGUCCAGGAGAAGGUGACUUCGCGCGCCGGGACGAGCGUGUUGCACCGAUUCAUCCUCAUCCUUGUCUGUGUGCCGUGCAGGUCGAUCUGUACAUCCCUGUGAGUGACGUCAAGACCAGUGUGGAGGACUCGAUGGUCCGCGACAGACUGCCCCCAUUCUGCCGACCCUGGUGCUUCGACCCGCCACUCACGCGCAAGCUUGACGACAAAGUCCAGGUGCACAGACACACAUGAACGUUCUUGUGUCUUGAGAUGCGGAUAUGUGCGUGUUGUGUGGUGUGCUUGUGCUGUGUGUGUUGGUGUACUGUAUGUCAGUUUACGGAUUUGUGUGACGAGAUGGGACUGCAGGUGCCGGUGGCCUAUCGCAUCACGUCCAGGAGCCAGCUGCACGAACUCAACAAAAUGGACCUCAAGGUACACACGCGCGCACCGAAACACCUCACACAUGGACGGAUGGAUGGAUGGAUGGUCUUUGGCUGAUUCAUGGGUCUGUUCGUGCAGGACGACCGAUAUGUACUCAAGCACGUCGAGUGAGUCUCACAGACACAUGACACAACACAACACCAGUGCGCCGAUGCACACACGCAUCUGUCUGUCUGCUGUCUGGUGCAGGUACGACCCCAUGCGCAGAUACGACAUGUUCACCCUCCCAUGCACACCUCAAGAGUAAGCAGACACCUCGCCACGACAACCACACACACACACACACACACAUAUGCACACACACACAUGGAUGGAUGUAACGCAUGCAGGCUGGACAACUAUCUGGACACUCGUGACAUCCACCCGUCCCCGAGCGACCCCUGGCAGGCACAGCAGUGGAUCACCGGCACCGAGUACUGCACAUGGUCCGUCAUACAGGCCGGCAAGGUUCUCCUCCACACCUGCCACCUCUCAUCGCCCGCACAACUCAACUACAAGUACGACGACGUCCCGGAGAUCCUCGACUGGACAGAGAAAUUCGCCGCGGCCCUCAACACGGCCGGUGGGUAUGCAUGUAGCCAGCCAUCCACCCAUCCAUCUGCUCUCCUCUUGUUUGUCAACAGGUCAGUUUUCCCUGGACGUGAUAGUGCGUGAGAGCGACGGGGAGUGCUUCGUGAUAGAGUGCAACCCCCGGACGCACUCGGCGUGCGUCGCAUUCCACGACCAGGCCGCUGCCGUCGGCGAGGUUUUUCUGCACGGUACGCUUGUUUGUGGGUGUGUAAGUUACUGCGUCUGAUGUGUGAAUGCAAUGCCUCCAUGUCAUGUGUGUGCGUAUGGGUGCGGUGCAUCGAUCAGGCGCGUCUCACUGGACGAAGCCGGAGAACCAGGCCAAGCUGCCCAUGCUGCCCAACAAAGACCACACGCACGUCUACUGGGUACAUCAAUCACACCAACCGCCCUUACACCCACACACGCAGAUCAGAUCCCCACUUACUUCGGCCGAUGUAUUGCAUCGGUGUGUGCAGUUGUACCAGGAGGUCAUGAAGCUGUGGAAGGUGCGGUCGUUCCAGCAGCUCGCCGACCGGGUGGCCUUCCUCUCCUCUGGCCGCGACGCCUGGUUCGAGGUGUCUGACCCGCUGCCAUUCCUCGCCAUCCUCUACUGGCAGAUGCCAUGGCGGCUGCUGCAGGUACGCACCCAUGUGUGUGUAUGUCAACAGGGGUGGGCACAGGUGUUGUGUGUUGUGGGAUGUGUGUGUGGCUGUAGGGUCCGUUGCUGACGGGCAACAGCUGGAGCAAGCUGGAGUGGUGCAUCGGCAAAGUGGUUGAGGUCGGCGGCGACUGAUCGCGUGUGUUCGAACUGGAGUCAGUGAGGGCGUGAGGGAGUGCGGGAGAGAUGGGUUGUGGUCGGUCCGUGAAGGGUUUUCCUCCCGAGUGACAGCACAGCACAGCAUGUGUUGUGUGGAUGAGUGUCGUGUAUCACCCCACGCAUGCAUUGAUUGCGUUCAUGUGGAUGGAUGCAAAUGUGCGUGUCUUGAUGCUCGUGUGUGAUGGAUGCAUAGAUGGAUGGAUGGAUGGAUGGCUAGCUCCCGAAGGGACAUGCGCCACGCACCCCCUGCAUCAUGGCCGUAUACACGUGGAAAGGGAGUAGCCGAAAACAGACAAACGUGAGUCUGUCUCCUACUCUGUCUGUCUGGUGCCGCAUGGAUGGAUGCCCCCCCCUCUCUCUCUCUCUCUGUGUGUGUGUGUGCCUGUCCCUACCUGUGUCCUUGUCUGUCUGUCUGUCUGUCUGCCUGCCUUUCUCCUCCAUUUCUGAGUGAGUCUCUGUCUGUCGAUAGCAAACAUGGAUCCAUCCAUGGAUGACGGCUCACUAUCUAUUUGUGUGCUGACGCGUGUCGAUACGCAUUGCAUGCAACACGACAGGACAGACAGCCCAGCUCUCUUCUUAUAGUGAGAAGAGGCACACACAUACAUACAUACACUCUCCUCAGCGAGCAGCCAAGCCACCUCGCGCAGUUUUUCGCCAUCCCUGUCUGCCUGUCCGUCUGUCUGUGGGUAUGUGUGUGCGACGUGUCUGGAGGCGGGCCGUCACUUUUGUCCUUUUGUCGUGCGUUUGCUGCGUGGGCACGUUUGUCAUGCAUGAAAGAGAGGGCUCCAGUGUGCAGCCAGCCGGCACCCGUGAGUGUGGUGUGCGGGGGGAUACCUGGGGCUUCGCGUACGUCUGUCUUUCUCCGCAUGGGACGAUGCGGAGGGAGUGACGUGUGCUGUGGCCAAGGUGUCCACCACACCGCACACACACAAGGAUACUGUACGUGGC